AAAAAUUACAAAUCUAAAAUGUCUGAUCAACUGUAAUCUUUUUAACAUUAAAGUCAAAAUUAAUUUUUGAAACCUUUACAGAGGAAGCUGAUGGAGUCCCUGAUCACAGCUCCCUACACUACAUGUUGGGUCUCAACCUUCCCUUUGACAACCAAGACACUGCUGAGGGCCAGGAGAGUAUCAAGACCAUGGUCAAUGCCAUCCGCAACAAGCUGGUACAACAGGGUCCCUGUCACAUUGAGCUGCAUGCAGCACUGGACAUAAUAGCCAGCUCUCAGCAGAAACUGGGAGAGAAGUUCACAACUUUCUAUCUCCCCAACUGUGAUAAGCACGGCUUCUACAAGGCCAAGCAGUGUGAGUCAUCUCUGGUUGGGCCACCCGCUCGCUGCUGGUGUGUCUCUUCCUGGAAUGGGAAGAAGAUCCCUGGAUCGAGUGACCUGCUGGGUGACUCAGAGUGUCAUCAAGAAGUCGCUUACUGAAGGAUGGACACUGUUGUCACUUAUAAACACGCUCACACACACACACAGGCACAUACAUAAACACACGUAGACACAAGCAAACGUGUGUCAUAACUUAACAUCCGGUAAAAGUGUAAAUCAACAUGAAACCACCUGAUGAACUGACAAAUGUAACAUCCUAUUUCAGAGGAGAAAAUUUCCUCUCAUUUUAUUUACAUGAUGUAUGUAUCAAGACUUAUUUAUUCAGUGCUUGUAUAUUCUUUCUAACAUUAACCAUUUGUCAUUUUUAGAUAUUUUAUAUGUUUGCCUAUUUUUUGUGAUUGUAAAUAGGGCGACACUGUAUACAUUUGUGUUUCUGACUAAAUAACUCCAUUGCUCAAAACCACAGGUCCAAAGUUCUGCCAAGCCCAUUUCAGUCUUCAGGAUCUUUUUUUUUUUAUUCAUUCAAAACUGGAGUUGUGCACAGCACGAAACAACACAGCCGCUCAUUCAUUCAACAUUGUUGACAUUGUCUGAAUGUAUCUCCAUUGGCGUUUCCUCAAUGGGUAUUGGGGGAAAUACUUAAAGUGCCGCAAGUAUGUGCUCGGUGGCCACGCACAAACAUAUCAGGACUCAUCCAAGCCACCGUGAGGUUUGGGAUAGGUUGUUCUGCAUUUGUCUACCUCUACUAGUCUCUGCAGGUCCACAGGUUUAGGAUUACUGAGGGCUCUUCUCAGCUACACCUUUCUCAUAUUAGAGACUUUUUAUUUGUCUUUUUUGACCCAUCGCAUCUAUUCAAGUAUUUAUUAUGAUUCACUCAUGUAUUUAUGCUUUUGUUUGCUUUUGAGCUUGUGUGCAAUGGGAUAAAUUGUUUGUGAGGAAUGCUGCUAUUUCAUUAUUGGUUUUAUGGAAACAAUGUAAUAUUCUUCUAAUUCUGUGGAUGUGUAUUACAAUUAAAAUGUUAUUUCAUCA